CCGGAAGCUUCGGCAAUCUCCGGAAAGCUCCGACGACGCUUCGGGAAUCUCCGGCCACUUCCGGCAGCGCUUCGGGAAUCCCCGCCCAUUUCCGGCGACGCUUCGGCGCUCGGAGGCGGGACCCGAAGCGCUCGGCGUCGGGGGCGGGGCUUAGCGCCGCGCCGCGUAUGAAUUAUUCAUGAGCCCGUCCCACCGCGGCGGGGGGAGGCCGUCCCGCCGGGAUUACACGGAACAACGGCCCCGUCCCGCCCCGACCCCGCUCCCCGCUUCCCCGGAGCACGAUAACGGGACACGCCGCCCUUUUCCUCCCCCCCGACCCUCGUAAAACCUCCACCAUCCCGGCAUGCCCCGCGCCGCGCGCACACACUCCCCACCCCCAAAUUCCCUUUCAGGCAGUUGGUACGCUCCGACCGCUCCCCCGCCGCCGAGCGCGCGCGGGGGGGCGAGGCUAUAUAAGGGGGCGCGGGCGGCGCCUCCCGCUCAGUCGCGCCGGGGAGCGCGGAGCGCCCGGAGGGCGAAGGGAGGGGGGGUUGUGUCGCCGUGGGGCUGGUUCCCCCCGGUGCGGGGGAGGGCGUUUGGCUGUUAAAUCUGUUGAAAAAGGUGUCUUUUUUUUGUUGGGGUUUUUUUUUUGUUUGGAAGUAGCGGGAGCGGCGUGAGGGCCGCGGCUAGGCCGGCGCCAUGCACGGCGGGCCGCCCUCCGGUGACAGCGCCUGCCCCUUGCGCACCAUCAAGCGGGUUCAAUUCGGCAUCCUCAGCCCCGACGAGAUGAAACGGAUGUCGGUGACUGAGGGGGGCAUCAAGUACCCCGAAACAACAGAGGGGGGGCGCCCCAAACUGGGGGGGCUCAUGGACCCCCGGCAGGGCGUCAUCGAGAGGACGGGGCGCUGCCAGACCUGCGCCGGGAACAUGACGGAGUGCCCGGGGCACUUCGGGCACAUCGAGCUGGCCAAGCCUGUUUUCCACGUGGGAUUUUUGGGCAAAACCAUGAAGAUUCUUCGCUGCGUCUGUUUCUUCUGCUCCAAACUGCUGGUGGACUCGAACAACCCCAAGAUCAAGGACAUCCUGGGGAAGUCGAAGGGGCAGCCCAAGAAGCGCCUGACGCACGUCUACGACCUGUGCAAGGGGAAGAACAUCUGCGAGGGGGGGGAGGAGAUGGACCACAAGUUCGGGGUGGAGCAGCCCGAGGGCGACGAGGACCUCACCAAGGAGAAGGGCCACGGCGGGUGCGGGCGCUACCAGCCGCGCAUCCGGCGCUCGGGGCUGGAGCUCUACGCCGAGUGGAAGCACGUCAACGAGGAUUCGCAGGAGAAGAAGAUCCUGCUCAGCCCCGAGCGGGUGCACGAGAUCUUCAAGCGCAUCUCGGACGAGGAGUGCUUCGUGCUGGGCAUGGACCCCAAAUUCGCCCGCCCCGAGUGGAUGGUCUGCACCGUCCUGCCCGUGCCCCCCCUCUCCGUGCGCCCCGCUGUCGUCAUGCAGGGCUCUGCCCGCAACCAGGACGACCUGACCCACAAACUGGCCGACAUCGUGAAGAUCAACAACCAGCUGCGGCGGAACGAGCAGAACGGGGCGGCCGCCCACGUCAUCGCCGAGGACGUCAAACUGCUCCAGUUCCACGUUGCCACCAUGGUGGACAACGAGCUGCCGGGGCUGCCGCGGGCGAUGCAGAAGUCGGGGCGCCCCCUGAAGUCCCUGAAGCAGCGGCUGAAGGGGAAGGAAGGGCGGGUGCGGGGCAACCUCAUGGGCAAGCGGGUGGAUUUCUCGGCGCGCACCGUCAUCACCCCCGACCCCAACCUGGCCAUCGACCAGGUGGGCGUCCCCCGCUCCAUCGCCGCCAACAUGACCUUCGCCGAGAUCGUCACCCCCUUCAACAUCGACAGGCUGCAGGAGCUGGUGCGCCGCGGGAACAGCCAGUACCCGGGGGCCAAGUACAUCAUCCGCGACAACGGGGACCGCAUCGACCUCCGCUUCCACCCCAAGCCCAGCGACCUCCACCUCCAGAUCGGCUACAAGGUGGAGCGACACAUGUGUGACGGGGACAUCGUCAUCUUCAACCGCCAGCCCACGCUGCACAAGAUGUCCAUGAUGGGCCACCGCGUGCGCAUCCUGCCCUGGUCCACCUUCCGCCUCAACCUCAGCGUCACCACCCCAUACAACGCCGAUUUCGACGGCGACGAGAUGAACCUGCACCUGCCGCAGUCGCUGGAGACCCGCGCCGAGAUCCAGGAGUUGGCCAUGGUGCCCCGCAUGAUCGUCACCCCCCAGUCCAACCGCCCGGUCAUGGGCAUCGUCCAGGACACCCUCACGGCCGUCCGCAAGUUCACCAAGCGCGACGUCUUCCUCGAGCGCGGGGAGGUGAUGAACCUGCUGAUGUUCCUCUCGACGUGGGACGGGAAGGUGCCGCAACCCGCCAUCCUCAAGCCUCGGCCGCUCUGGACGGGGAAGCAGAUCUUCUCCCUCAUCAUCCCCGGGCACAUCAACUGCAUCCGCACCCACAGCACCCACCCCGACGAUGAGGACAGCGGGCCCUACAAGCACAUCUCGCCCGGGGACACCAAGGUGGUGGUGGAGAACGGGGAGCUGAUCAUGGGCAUCCUGUGCAAGAAGUCGCUGGGCACCUCGGCGGGCUCCUUGGUGCACAUCUCCUACCUGGAGAUGGGCCACGACACCACCCGCCUCUUCUACAGCAACAUCCAAACCGUCAUCAACAACUGGCUCCUCAUCGAGGGCCACACCAUCGGCAUCGGGGACUCCAUCGCUGACGCAAAGACCUACCAGGACAUCCAAAACACCAUCAAAAAAGCCAAGCAGGACGUCAUUGAGGUCAUCGAGAAGGCCCACAACAACGAGCUGGAGCCCACCCCGGGGAACACCCUGCGACAGACCUUCGAGAACCAGGUCAACCGGAUCCUCAACGACGCCCGCGACAAGACGGGUUCCUCCGCCCAGAAAUCCCUCUCCGAGUACAACAACUUCAAGUCCAUGGUGGUGUCGGGCGCCAAAGGCUCCAAGAUCAACAUCUCCCAGGUGAUCGCGGUGGUGGGGCAGCAGAACGUGGAGGGCAAGCGCAUCCCCUUCGGCUUCAAGCACCGCACGUUGCCCCACUUCAUCAAGGACGACUACGGCCCCGAGAGCCGGGGGUUCGUGGAGAACUCCUACCUGGCCGGCCUCACCCCCACCGAGUUCUUCUUCCACGCCAUGGGCGGCCGCGAGGGGCUCAUCGACACCGCCGUCAAGACGGCCGAGACCGGGUACAUCCAGCGGCGGCUGAUCAAGUCCAUGGAGUCGGUGAUGGUGAAGUACGACGCGACGGUGCGAAACUCCAUCAACCAAGUGGUGCAGCUGCGCUACGGCGAGGACGGGCUGGCGGGCGAGAGCGUCGAGUUCCAGAACCUGGCCACGCUCAAGCCCUCCAACAAGGCCUUCGAGAAGAAGUUCAAGUUCGACUACACGAACGAGCGGGCGCUGCGGCGGACGCUGCAGGAGGAGCUGGUCAAGGACAUCCUCUCCAACGCCCACAUCCAGAACGAGCUCGAGCGCGAGUUCGAGAAGAUGCGGGAGGACCGCGAGGUGCUGCGCGUCAUCUUCCCCACCGGCGACAGCAAGGUCGUGCUCCCCUGUAACCUGCUGCGGAUGAUCUGGAACGCCCAGAAGAUUUUCCACAUCAACUCGCGCCUCCCCUCCGACCUGCACCCCGUCAAGGUGGUGGAGGGGGUGAAGGAGCUGAGCCGCAAACUGGUGAUCGUGAACGGGGACGACCCGCUGAGCCGGCAGGCGCAGGAGAACGCCACGCUGCUCUUCAACAUCCACCUGCGCUCCACCCUCUGCAGCCGCCGCAUGGUGGAGGAGUUCCGCCUCAGCGGGGAGGCCUUCGACUGGCUGCUGGGGGAGAUCGAGUCCAAGUUCAACCAGGCCAUCGCGCACCCCGGGGAGAUGGUGGGUGCGCUGGCGGCCCAGUCGCUGGGAGAACCGGCCACCCAGAUGACCCUCAACACCUUCCACUACGCCGGCGUCUCGGCCAAGAACGUCACGCUGGGCGUCCCCCGCCUCAAGGAGCUCAUCAACAUCUCCAAGAAGCCCAAGACGCCCUCGCUCACCGUCUUCCUGCUGGGCCAGAGCGCCCGCGACGCCGAGCGGGCCAAGGACAUCCUGUGCCGCCUGGAGCACACCACGCUGCGGAAGGUGACGGCCAACACCGCCAUCUACUACGACCCCAACCCUCAGAGCACGGUGGUGGCCGAGGACCAGGAAUGGGUCAACGUCUACUACGAGAUGCCUGACUUCGACGUCAGCCGCAUCUCGCCCUGGCUGCUCCGCAUCGAGCUCGACCGCAAGCACAUGACCGACCGCAAGCUCACCAUGGAGCAGAUCGCCGAGAAGAUCAAUGCUGGCUUCGGGGACGACCUCAACUGCAUCUUCAACGACGACAACGCCGAGAAGCUGGUGCUGCGGAUCCGCAUCAUGAACAGCGACGAGAACAAGAUGCAGGAGGAGGAGGAGGUGGUCGACAAGAUGGACGACGACGUCUUCCUGCGUUGCAUCGAGUCCAACAUGCUGACGGACAUGACGCUGCAGGGGAUCGAGCAGAUCAGCAAGGUGUACAUGCACCUGCCGCAGACGGACAACAAGAAGAAGAUCAUCAUCACGGAGGACGGGGAGUUCAAGGCUCUCCAGGAGUGGAUCCUGGAGACCGACGGCGUCAGCCUCAUGCGGGUGCUGAGCGAGAAGGACGUGGACCCCGUCCGCACCACCUCCAACGACAUCGUCGAGAUCUUCACCGUGCUGGGGAUCGAGGCGGUGCGGAAGGCGCUGGAGCGAGAGCUCUACCACGUCAUCUCCUUCGACGGUUCCUACGUCAACUACCGUCACCUGGCGCUGCUGUGUGACACCAUGACCUCCCGCGGGCACCUGAUGGCCAUCACCCGCCACGGCGUCAACCGCCAGGACACCGGGCCCCUCAUGAAGUGCUCCUUCGAGGAGACGGUGGGUGAUCCCCUCCGCGGCUGCUGGGACUCCAGCCCCCAGGACCCACCAGAUCCCAUCCCCCUCCCUCCUGGACCCACUGGAUCUCCACUCUGGACCCACUGGAUAUCCCUCCCCCCGGGACCCACCUGA